CCUGCAGAUGGGCCGCCUGCAUCAGGCUCUGCGCUGUUCCUCGAACCUGUGUCCAUCAAGCCUGUAGCCGGGAGGCUGGGCCGGGCUUUGUGUCUCUGCAAAGCCCCAGGGUCUGAGGCGUGGAGGACCCCCAAUCCCAGCAGUCCUUGUGGUCCAGGCACUUCCCUCAGCCCUGGAAACCCCAGUGACUGCCUGAGGAGGCCCUGUGGCCAGGGGACUGAGCUACAGCCUGGUGACUCCCCGAGAGAAGGACAAAAGUGACGGUGACCCGGUGCUGAGAUGACAUCCUGCUGUGCCACUUACAGUGUGCUGGGGAUAGAAGCCAGAACUUCAGACCACUGGGUUUGAAAGGAAAAGAAGGCCAGUCAACGGUAGCCACUCCUUUAACCCCAGUGCUUGGGAGGCAGAAGCAGCCAGAUGUCUGAAUUCUCGAGUGAGUUCCGGGACAGCCAGUGUGGUUACAUAGAGGAACCCUGUCUCAGAAACGCUGAGUGUCACUUCCCCGUGAGGGCCUGUUAGUCUAGAGUCCACUAUCGAAACAAGCCAUGUGCUCUUGAAGUGCGCUUAGAGCGCUCCCUGCCAGUCUUAGCCAGUCACAGGGCACGUGUCUGCAAGGGAAGGAGGCUGGGGACUGGGGACAGGAUAGAGACUUGCCCAGCCAUUGCAGUGCACUGGUGGCCCCUGUUACUAAGGUGGUAAGAGUGGCCGGACAGUGGUGGCACAGCCUUUAAUCCUAGCACUCCGGAGGCAGAGGCAGGAGGAUCUCCGUGAGUUCUACAGAGCGAGUUUCAGGAUAGCAAGGACUACACAGAGAAACCCUGUCUCCAAAAACAAAAAGAAAAAAAGACGCUAAGAGCGCAGGUGUGGUGGUCUUUAGUCCCAGCACUCUGAGGCAGAGGCAGGCUAAUUUUGGUGAGUUCAAACUCAGCCUGGUCUACAAAGUGAUCUCUAGUCCCGGAGGUGAAAACCAAAGGAUCAGAAGUUCAAAGCCACCCUCAGCUCUACUGAGUUUAAGGCCAGCUGGGCCCCGUGAGACCCUGCUUUGGGAAAAAAAGGGUGGGGUGGCAUAGUAGCACUGCCUUUAAUCCCCGGACUCAGAACACCUAGGGCCACAUAGUGAGACCCUGUCUCAAAGAAAAAGAGCCCCUUCAGGCCAUCCCCUGCUACGUACAAUUUGAAGUACCUGGCCUGCAGAGUUCAGGCCAGUAACAGGGCUUGCCACGCCUGAGGAUGGGACUUGCGGUCCAGGACCCAAGUGCCGGAGACCUGCAAGAUGUCCUGUGGGUCCGGGUGUCGGGUGCCAGGCCGUGGGUUCACUGCAGUGCUAAGGAAGGAACUCAACACCAGGAGGGGAGCACUGGUGAUUUGAUCGCUGGGUUCCAGCUGCUGCCCCCAGAGACAGGAUGGCGUUGUCUCACUUCAGAGACACUUUGGAAACCACCCAGAGCAGGGUGUGAAGGAGGGGCUGGUACUUGUGCUAGAUGGGCGGGACUUGGAAGGUCACCUGUCCUCACAGGAAGAGAAAGUGGGGAGACCCCCCACCCCGGGAACCACAAGUCCUGCACCAGGAUGGAGGUCCACCAGUCCCUGCUGCUCUUGCUGGCCCUGGACACACUGUGGGCAGCAGGCAACACAUUUGAGACCCACAUCAUUGGUGGUCGGGAGGCAGCCCCGCACUCCCGCCCGUACAUGGCGUCUCUGCAGAAAGCCGGGUCCCAUGUGUGUGGGGGGGUCCUCGUACAUCCCAAGUGGGUGUUGACUGCUGCCCACUGCCUGUCUGAGCCGGUACAGCAGCUGAAGCUGGUGCUGGGCCUGCACCACCUCCAUGACUUGCGAGACCCGGGCCUCACCUUCUACAUCAAGGCGGCCAUCAAGCACCCUGGUUACAACCACAACCUUGAAAACGACCUGGCGCUGCUAAAGCUGGAUGGGCGGGUGCGGCCCAGCAGGAAUGUCAGACCACUGGCUCUGCCAAGAAAGGGCCAAGCCAGGCCGGCAGCAGGCGCCCAGUGCAGCACCGCCGGCUGGGGGAUUACCCACCAAGGUGGGCACCUGGCACAGGCCCUGCAGGAGCUGGAUCUUCACGUGCUGGACACCCGCAUGUGUAACAACAGCCGCUUCUGGAAUGGUGCCCUCGAGGAAGGCAUGCUGUGCCUCAAGGCUGUAGCCAAGAGCCAGGCGCCCUGCAAGCUCCAAAAGCUGCACAGACAUCUUCAAGCCCCCCGUGGCCACCGCCGUAGCCCCCUACAGCCCCUGGAUCAGGAAGGUCAUCCGUCGCUGACGGCCCCAGCCUGUGGCCUGAGUGUCCAGGUCAUCUGGACACUCACUGGCCUGGGUGGGAAGGAACUAGAUGUACCUCUGGGACCAAUAAAUCAUGAUGUGUCUGUUUCACCCAGCCCUGUCUGCCUCUGGCCUGUGUGAGUCUCCGUUUCCCCUAUAAGAUGAAGGUGUCCCUUCCCAGUGGCUGUCAGCACAGCCCUAGGACACAGAAUGGGCCUGAGCACCAAGGCAAGAGCAGUGACAACAUCUUGGCCAUCAGGGGGCACCAGCUGCCCUCUGCAGCUAUAUCAUAGGAGGUACAGAGAAGGGAGGCUCCCACAGAACAUUCCCGACUUCUACUUUACUGGCACCUCAAAACAAGCAGCUACAGUGUCACCUGAAGGGACCAGACCCUCACCCAGCCACCUGCUUUAGCAGCCAUGACAGACUGCAAAAAAAAAAAAAAAAAAAAAGACCCAGCAAGAUGUCUGACCUUGCAGGACCUGCCCUAGUCACUAGGAGGCCAGAUGCCCAUGUCCAUGUGGCAAGGAACCAAUCAGAAGUUAGCUGGAGGGCCCUGGAUGUGCUUUACGGUAAAGUGGUGUAAUAGUGACCAGUGACGUGCAGAGCAUAGCACCAUCCUGGGAGGGCCUUUAGGCCAGAGCCAUCAGUUGACCAAUCAACACAGGACAGGUUGCCCAAGCCCGGAAGUGCACCAAUCCUGAGACUGUUGUGGACCUCAGACACUGCCCUUGCACGCCCCAAUAAAUCCCUCCCCCCCAGCGGUUUCUCCGGGUCCUUCUCACGCCAACCACUGUGCUGGAUGCAUGAGGGAACUGAGUUACAGCAGUUAACUCGUUAAACAAUAAAAGACUCUUUGCUUUUGCGUCA